UCACCAUUUUGUAGGUCGGAUAAGGUGGCGUUCUUCAGUUUUCAGUUUUCAGACUCUCAGUAAUGGAAACCUUAAUUCCAAAAUUAUUACCGAAGAAGACGAAUUUUUUCAGAAGCAGAAAAACAAGAAAGUUUCCACUUUUACCCUUCAAAGCAAAAUGGCAGCAAAAUUUUAAUCAACAGCAAGCAAUGGAAACCCUAAUUACAGAAUCAACAACCAAAACCCAAAACCCUAAUCUUCUUUCACUUCUCGUUGAUUCAUUUACCACAUACAAGUGUGAUCCAACACCAUCUGCAUACUCAUUUAUCAUCAGAAACUUAACCCAGAACUCCCAAUUUGAUCAAAUCCCAUUAGUUCUCAACAGACUGGAAAAAGUUGAGAAAUUUGAAAUCCCAGAAAGAUUUUUUAUUAAUUUGAUUAAGAUUUAUGUGGAUGAUUUGAAUCAGAUUGAAAAUGCUAUUGAUUUGUUUUAUAGAAUCCCUAAUUUCAGGUGUGUACCUACUGUUUAUUCACUUAAUGCAUUACUUUCAGUACUUUGUAAAUCAAAACAAGGUCUUUCAAUGGUGAAUCAAGUCUUAUUGAGAAGCACUGAAUUAAUGAGUAUCCGAUUAGAAGAAUCGAGUUUUUGUAUACUGAUAACUGCUUUGUGUAGGAUUAAGAAAUUCGGUUAUGCAAUUGAGUUAUUACAUAUGAUGUUGUCUGAGUAUGGGUAUGAACCUGAUUAUGAAAUCUAUUCUAAAAUUUUCAUGGAGAUUUGUGAAAGGGGAGAUGUUGAUGAGGUUAUGGGGUUCUUGGAGGAGUUUAGGAAAGUGGGGUUUGUUUUAAAUGGAGAGAACUACAGUGAUUUGAUCAGGGUUUUGGUUAAGAGUGGGAAAGGGAAAGAGGGUUUAGAUAUGUUGUAUCAAAUGAAGAGUGAUGGUAUGAAGCCUGACGUUGUUUGUUAUACUAGGGUUCUAGAAGGGGUUAUCAGUAUAAAGGAUUUUGAGAAAUCCGAGGAGUUGUUUGAUGAAAUGCUUUUGUUAGGUGUAGAGCCUAACGUUUAUACUUAUAAUGUUUAUAUUAAUGGUUUAUGUAAACAGAAUAAAAUCGAAGAGGGUUUUAAGAUGGUUGAGUAUAUGGAAGAGUUGGACUGCAAACCUGAUGUGGUAACGUAUAAUACACUUCUUGGAGCAGUAUGUAAAUAUGAGGAAGUAAAGAGAGGGAAAGAGGUUUUGAGGAUGAUGGGUAUGAAGGGUGUUGCGGGGAAUGUGCAUACCUAUAGGAUUUUGAUUGAUGGGUUGAUUGCUAAGGGUGAAUUGGUCGAAGCUUGUGAGUUAUUUGAGGAGAUGUUUGUGAAAGAUUUUGUUCCCCGCUCUUCAACUUUAGAUACAAUGAUAGCUGGUAUGUGUGAACGGGGACUUGUUGGAGAAGCAUUACAGGUACUGAACAAAAUCGUUGAAAGGAAUGUUGCUCCUGGGGAAAAGACGUGGAAAGUACUGCUUUUUGAAUCAAAAUUAGAUUUCAAUGAUGCAACACGGAUGAGUUUUGAACAAUUAGUUUUGAACCAUCAGGUUGGAGUAUAAUUUUCUUAUGUUGGAGGAAAAACAAGAGUAUAUUUUGGAUACCAUCAGAGGUCAUUGCUCGUCUUGGGAAACAAAUAAAUAGAUGAUCCAAUUUCAUAUAUAUAUACUGGGCGCACAAGAACAACACACCUGUUUCGUGCCAAAGCUUGAUGGAUAGUUCUAUAACGGAUGCUAUGGUGCCAUGUAAUGUAGUCCACAAUCCAUUGGAAAAACAACUCAAACAAAUUGGGAAUGGCAGAACAAUCCAUUGGAAUAACCGUAGAAAGGUUCGUGUAAUGGCAGCUAAUAGAAGUUCUAAUUUGAAGCUCGAGUUCUUCUUGUAUCACCUGAAGACGCUCCAAUCAAGGGUAGUGAUCACGAAUUUCAACAGGUUAGGAAUAUGCAGCAGCUUGGGGACACAGCGGUAGGCAUUUGGUCGCAACCAACACUGAAACGUAAGACAAAAGUUGUCUGCAUUAUUGGUCCAUCUACAGAUACACGA